UGAAAUUGCCUAGAUAUGUAUAUGGGCAGGAUCGUUGAGAGCGUGGGAGAAGGAGUGUCGGACAUGAGAGAAGGUGACAAAGUGGUUCCAAUCUUCAAUGGAGAAUGCGGUGACUGUGCCUAUUGUAAGUGUGAGAAAACUAACCUCUGCAGGAAGUUCAGGGUGAAUCCAAUGAAAUCCGUCAUGGUUAACGAUGGGAAGACAAGGUUCUGGACGCGUGAUGGUCAGAAGCCCAUUUACCAUUUCCUCAACACCUCCACCUUUGUGGAGUACACCGUGCUCGACUCGGCCUGUGUUGUCAAGAUAGAUGCCCAAGCUCCUCUAAGGAAGAUGAGCUUGCUUAGUUGUGGCGUUUCUACAGGAAUUGGAGCUGCUUGGAAUACGGCAAACGUGCAAGAAGGAUCAAGCGUCGCCAUCUUUGGUUUGGGUGCUGUGGGACUUGCUGUAGCAGAAGGAGCACGGUUAAGAGGAGCUUCUCAAAUUAUAGGCAUCGACAUUAAUCCAGACAAAUUUAUCAAAGGUAAAACAGUAGGGAUUACCCAUUUCAUUAACCCAAAUGAUAUCCAGAAGGAGAAAGAUCACAAAGCUGUGCAUGAGGCAAGUAAAGCACCCCACAUCUUCCACAACUCUUAUUUUCUUCAUUUUAGUAAUGGUCACCUGUUUUUUUGGGAGAGCUUGUGGAUUAGUGGGAGUUGGGCGUUGUGGAUGUGUCUCAUGUGUGAUGGCAUGAUGUAUGGACUCAUGGGUGAUGAUGCUCAUGGAUGGGGCAGUGGUUCCAUUAAAUAUGAGACGUUGAACCUCCUCCCUGCAUACCUGUCCGGGGCCCAAAGUAGGCCCAGUACCCACCAAAGACAUUUGGCAGGAGACUCAGGACUCAACCAGGAAUACAACCGCCGGGCCUACUUUCUGACUUGUGUUAUUCAAGAAAUGACUAAAGGAGGUGUUGAUUACAGCUUUGAGUGCUCAGGAAACUUGGAAGUUCUUCAGGAGGCCUUCUCGUCUACUCAUGAUGUGCGUCUAUUUGUUUCUUUCUUUUUAAUUUCUUUCUAA